ACCUCAAGGACAUGGUCGAAUUUCCAGCCAUUUACAUCCCGCGAUGCACUGAUGGGGCGCGGACGAGCAGUCUGGAAUGCCACUUCCACCUGCUCGCCCCAGCACUCUGGCAUGGAGGGGCGGAAGCUGGUUUUUCUUCUUCCUUGCUCACAGAGUGAUCUUUCGACGACGGGAUAGCAAGCACGUACCGAGUAACUACUGCUUUGCUCGUCGAGAAGUCAGUCCCCGAGCUUCGUAUACGGCUGUUAUGCGGUGUCACGGGCACGCUACCAACGUGUAACAAGGAUAAACAGCACCGGGUUCUUGGAGGGCUGUGUACACCAGCUGGUGUCGACGUUGUGUUAGCUUCAAGAUUGAGUUGUUACGCUUGUCGGUAGAUCGUGGUGUCUCCGAUGCACGGGUCCUCCGGAAUGGAUUGCACGCAUGUGGCAGCAACGCACCAGAGAAGCAAAACCAAGUGAGGAAGUUGCAGCCAGGGCAGCGAGUUCACUGUGCAGUGAAUGAAUUCAGGAUCCGGAGAUUCAGAGUCAAAGUCUCGCAACAAUGAAUACGCGGUUUCC